CUUGGGUGUAGGAGACUAGGAAAGGGUGUUGUAUCCUUUGGAACUAGAAUUUCAGGCAGUUGUGAGCUGACAUGGAUUCUGGGAACUAAGCUUGGGUGCUAAGUUAUUUGACAACUAAUAGUUUUAUAUUAUAUAUCUAAAGGUAUGGCUUUUAAAAGAGUUUUAGUGGACAUAAUAACUUUAUGCAUUUGUGGAAUAAGAAGUAUAAGUCUAAUUUUUAAGAAGAUCAGUAAAACUUAGAAUAUUAAUUUUACAUUUUUAUAGAAGGUAUACAAAUUCAUUACAUAUCUCAGGUGCUAGAAUAUUACACUCCUCUAAUAUCUUUGGCAGCCUUUUUACCAAGCCUAGUGUAACUGUACAGAAACUAAGAAUGUAUAUAUUAAUAUCAAGAUACAGCUUAAUAUUUUCUAGAUUAGGUCAUAAUUUCUUCAAUAUUCUUUGUAAUAGUAUCAGUUUUGUCAAAUUACCUCACAUAAAUUGUUCUUAACACACUAUAUAUUUUCAUAAAGUUAAAUCUUAACGGCACAAUAAUUAUACAUUGCCCUCACAUCUUAUACCCUUCAUAUUCUGGAAAAUAAAUACUCCUGAGGUGAACACACCAGAGCUUCCACACAAAAAGCAAGAACAAAAAUAAUCAUGUGUAUAAGCCCUGCUCUUGGCCAGUCAAAUAUCUCCCGAAUGAAUGGAGGCGGGUAGAGAAUUCAGCUCCUGGGGUCUGCUGUGUGAAUCCUAGACACACAGAGACUCUGUGUGUGGCUUGUAUUCGAUAUCUGUGGUCUCAUCCUCUGCUGUUUGAUUUGAGGAACAUUCCAGGCGGUAUCCUUAGCUUCCCUGACAUGAGCCUGGGGCUUGAAGACUCCGAGGGAUUCCUUUCUCAAAAAGGGCAAGGCAGACAGAGCCUGUCAGGCGGGCAGUGCAUGGCUCAGCUGCAGGCGACAGGCUUCAUCUCAGCAAGGAAAAUCCAUCAGCUUGAGAAUGGAGGAAAGGUGUGAAUCCACAGAGAGCCCCCAAGGCCAAGGGCGGCAGAACACCAAGUGUGGGUGGCUGAGGAAGCAAGGCGGCUUUGUCAAGACUUGGCACACCCGGUGGUUUGUGCUUAAGGGGGAUCAGCUUUAUUAUUUCAAAGAUGAAGAUGAAACCAAGCCCUUGGGGACUAUUUUUCUGCAUGGAAAUAAAGUCAUUGAGCAUCCGUGCAAUGAAGAAAACCCAGGAAAGUUCCUUUUCGAAGUAGUUCCAGGUGCCCAGAGUGAAGAAUCUGCAAUCGUUGAACUGGUAGUUUUGAAACCUUUACCGAUUAGUGGAGCCACAGACAACGGAGCUGCCUGGCAGCGUUCAAUCCAAACUUUCUGCUUUCUCUGGACUUCAGUUUCCUUAUUAGCAGACCAAAACUCUGAGCUUCAGGGUCCUGGAGGUGAACGAGAUCGGAUGACAGCCAAUCAUGAGAGCUAUCUCCUCAUGGCGAGCACCCAGAAUGACAUGGAAGACUGGGUGAAGUCCAUCCGCCGAGUCAUAUGGGGACCUUUUGGAGGAGGUAUUUUUGGACAGAAACUGGAAGACACAGUCCGAUAUGAAAAGAGGUACGGGAACCGGCUGGCACCCAUGCUGGUGGAGCAGUGUGUGGACUUCAUCCGACAGCGGGGGCUGAAGGAAGAAGGCCUCUUCCGGCUGCCGGGCCAGGCGAACCUGGUCAAGGAGCUCCAGGAUGCGUUCGACUGUGGAGAGAAGCCCUCCUUCGACAGCAACACCGACGUCCACACUGUGGCAUCCCUGCUGAAAUUGUAUCUCCGAGAACUUCCAGAGCCCGUCGUUCCUUAUGCAAAGUAUGAAGACUUUUUGUCCUGCGCCACGCUGCUCAGUAAGGAGGAAGAAGCAGGUGUUAAGGAGCUAAUGAAACAAGUGAAGAGUUUGCCUGUGGUUAACUACAACCUUCUGAAGUACAUUUGCAGGUUCCUGGAUGAAGUGCAGUCCUAUUCAGGAGUUAACAAGAUGAGCGCACAGAACUUGGCAACUGUCUUCGGUCCUAACAUCCUGCGCCCAAAGGUGGAAGAUCCCUUGACCAUCAUGGAGGGCACUGUGGUGGUCCAGCAGUUAAUGUCAGUGAUGAUUAGUAAGCAUGAUCGACUCUUCCCCAAAGACACAGAACCACAAAGCAAGCCCCAAGACGGCCCGAACAGCAAUAAUAACGAUGGUCAUAAGAAAGCCACCAUGGGUCAGUUGCAGAACAAAGAAAACAAUAAUACCAAGGAGAGCCCCGUCAGAAGGUGCUCUUGGGACAAGCCUGAAUCCCCCCAGAGAAGCAGCGUGGACAAUGGAUCCCCCACAGCCCUAUCAGGCAGCAAAACCAACAGCCCAAGGAACAGUAUCCACAAGCUGGAUAUUUCCAGGAGCCCCCCUCUCAUGGUCAAAAAGAACCCAGCCUUCAACAAGGGCAGUGGGAUUGUCACCAACGGGUCAUUCAGCAGCAGCAAUGCAGAAGGUGUCGAGAAGCCUCAAACUACUCCUAAUGGGAGUUUACAAGCCAGAAGGACCUCUUCACUGAAGAGUUCUGGUACCAAAAUGGGCACUCACAGUGUACAGAAUGGCACUGUCCGCAUGGGUAUUCUGAACACUGACACACUAGGGAAUUCCUUGAACGGCCGGAGCAUGAGUUGGCUGCCCAAUGGCUAUGUGACCCUGAGAGAUAACAAACAGAAGGAGCCAGCAGGAGAGUCAGGCCAGCACAACAGACUCUCCACCUACGACAAUGUCCACCAGCAGUUCUCCUCGAUGAGCCUCGACGACAAGCACAGCGUGGACAGUGCCACGUGGUCCACCUCCUCCUGCGAAAUCUCCCUCCCUGAGAACUCCAAUUCCUGCCGCUCCUCUACCACCACGUGCCCAGAGCAAGACUUCUACGUUGGGAACUUUGAGGACCCUGUUUUAGACGGCCCACCUCAGGAUGAUCUUUCCCAUCCCGGGGACUAUGAGAACAAAAGUGACCGCAGGAGCGUAGGGGGCCGAAGCAGCCGCGCCACGAGCAGCAGCGAUAACAGCGAGACAUUCGUGGGCAACACCAGCAGCAACCACAGUGCACUUCACAGUUUAGUUUCCAGCCUGAAGCAGGAGAUGACCAAACAGAAGAUCGAGUAUGAGUCCAGGAUAAAAAGCUUAGAACAGCGGAAUUUGACUUUGGAAACGGAAAUGCUGAGCCUCCAUGACGAACUGGAUCAAGAGAGGAAAAAGUUCACCAUGAUAGAAAUCAAGAUGAGAAACGCUGAGCGCGCAAAGGAGGAUGCGGAGAAAAGGAACGACAUGCUCCAGAAGGAGAUGGAGCAGUUCUUCUCCACAUUUGGAGACCUGACAGUGGAACCCAGGAGAAGCGAGAGAGGAAACACAAUCUGGAUCCAGUGAGCCUUUCUCUGUCCUGGACCGCUCGCUCCGCGGAGGACUCUGGGGACUCCGGGGCAAACAGUGUUGGGGAACAGGUGUGGGAUCAGGUGGUUGGUCUGUGUAGAGCUUCAUCUGGUGCAGGAAUCUCAUUUCCAGACAUCACUAUCCAUAUCUGCAGUGUGUACCAAAGUUAUAUCAUGCUCCAUAAUGCUACUGUCAAGUGUUACAACUGGAUAUGUGUAUAGAGAGUAGUUUCUAAGAUGUCAAUAAGAGUAAGAAGCAUAUAUCUCAAUGAUUAUUUUAUUGCAAGUCCUGUAUUUAAAUGUCGAAUCAAUACUUUGUUGCAAUUUAGCUUGCAUUCAAGCUUCACCCCGUGCACUUAACAUAAGCUAUUUUUGGCAUCGUGUUAUCAUCUGCUUAUUUUAUAGAUCAAUAUUUUUAUUUCCCCUUUUGUCGAGGAAAUGGAGAUAAGAAGAGAUAUAAAUAUAUAAAUAUAUAUAAGAUGAGUUAUUAAAGUCAAAAGAAUACUUUGUGGCUGUGCUGUUUGUGCCAAUAGACCUUGCCAUGACCAAAAAAGAGCAAUGUAAAACAAAAAAAUUCAUUUUAUAAAAUAUAGUAGAGUCACCAGGUAGCUGUCAAUGGUUCUUUUACAUUCUUCAGUUUGGAUUGGGGAGGUGGUUCAGGGAGUCUGAGCUGUUGCCAUGUAAGCAUGAAGGCCUGCGUUCUGAUACACAGCACAGUACCCACGUAAAGAUCAGAUGGAGCCUCAUACCUGCAGAACAUGCAGAGCUGCGGGUGGAGGAAGCUAGAGCUUGCUGGACAUCAACCUAGCUGUGCGAGCCUUUUUUCUUUCUGCAGCGACAUGACAGGCAAGUCCACACAGGGAGGGAACUGAUGCCAGCCUAAAGCAAUCACUCUACCAAAAUACAGCUUAGUGAAUCAGGUAACUAACUCGGGUUGUCUAGGGUUUAUAUAAGAGGGGUUCCCUACGAAAGCGUGAAUGACUCAAAUGCUGUAUCACUGAGGAACCCCCCAGCUGGAAUGACAGCGCACAAAGAUGUCCUCCUGGAACUCCCUGCACAGCACGCAAUCAGCUCAACAGCUUCCAGGGUCUCUCUCCUCAGCAGUCCUCACUCUUACAUGAUCUUGGGAAUGUAGAGACCUCAUGACUGAGUUCCAGGGACUUCCUGAAACUUAUAAAUUAUUUACUUAUUGAGUCUCAGUUGGACUCACUCCAAGACAGAAAGUUUCACUGCUAUGCAAUACCAGCCUACCUGAAGAACAGCAAGCUUUAGGUUCACCAAGAGACACUGGCACAGUGGACUAAGGCAGGAUAGAAUAGAGAAGCAUGUCCAACAUCUUCCUCUGGCAUCUGUCUGCGUGGGUCCUCAAACUUACACACACAUGCACACACACACACACAUGCACACACACAGGGAGAGAGAGACACAUGCACAUACAUAUGCACAUGCACACACACCCAUCCAUACAUAAACACUUUAACAUUGCCGUUUUAUUUGUGUGAUAAUCUGACACAAAGGCACUGCAGAGCUGUUGGGAAAUCCUCCUCCAGCUGUGCUGAGCGAUCACAGGUACAAAGCUCUCUUGUGCAGGACACACCAUACGGAGAAGGAAUGGUCCCACACUGCAUUUAUCAUCUUGCAUUGCUUGUCCUUCUGCAGUAGCUCUCCAGAACAUCUUGCUAGUUGCUAGAGGAUUCCUUCCUUGCCCACAGGAGACCAGCUCCUUCCCUGAGACCUGUCAGGACAUGAGUGAUCUGCAUGUGCCUCUCUCCACCAAAUCACUAGAAUGCAUGUCGUUUUGUGACAUCUUUAUCUCACUCAGCCUGUUAUUGUUUGGGAUUUUGCUCUGCACCACAACUGGCAACAGAGUUGCUAGCAAGAGAGUAAGAAAAGGCAACCAGGAAGAAUAAGAAAAUCAUGAGAAAAUUAUGUGAUGUAUUUGCCUUAUUAUUUUUACAAUACCAUUUUUCCUGAUGAAAACAUACUCAUUCGAGUAAUUUGUAACUAUUAAUGUGUAAAGGUCCAUUUUGGACAAAUAGGUGAAUAUAAGCAGUAUCUAGAAAAACUUUCUAGAAAAACCCAGAACUCUGUGAGGCUAUUAUUCUAGGAAAAUGAUUAUUUGCAUUUCAGUAAGGCAAUGGUUAAGGAAAACCAGAGCUCGGGUGGGAACCUCACCCUAGAACUAAAUGUCACAAGGGCAUGACUAUAAAUAACAGACCAUUUAAGCUUCAGAAUUUGCAUUUUUGAAAAUGCUAUGUUUGUCUGUUUCUGAGGAUACAGUCUUGGGAACAUGAUUCUGUCCCUCCAGCUGAGCAAAUCUGUGUGUCAUUUGAUGUCAUCCAGUAUGUCUGUAACAAGGACUGUUUCUUUUUCUUGUUUUUUUGGGGGGGAGGGGUGGAGGGUUUGUCUUUUAUCUUUUGCCUUUUGCCUUUCGAAGUCCACAGCAAGUACUUUUAUCCAGACAUCCCAUAAGAAAUUCAGAGUCAGUUUAAGCAACAGAUCAGAGCCAUCCUGCUGUGCCCAAGCAUCUCUCUCCUGCUUGUAUGUCAGUUCAAAAAAGCCUCAAGCGCGUCCACCGAGCUACGUGAUGAGACAGUAAAACUCAAAGGCCAGACUAUCAAACUGCCUGGGUUCAACUUGUCUGCAGUUUGCCAGUAUUGCUGAAUCUCCCGUGCAUAACUAGCUCAGGCCACAGUGCUGGAAUUGUUACUCAUAUGACCUUGCUCUGUGAUGUUAGUGACAGGCUGAGCCAGUUGACUGGUAUGCAGGAAGACUCCAUGACUGCCAGUUGAGUUAUCCAACUCUGCCUUGUUCUGCUGGACAGUUGACUGUCCAGAUGCUCCCACCUCACUCACAACCUGGUCCUCCUUUCAGCAUUGCUAGUCUUUUGAUGGAAGCAUCCUGCUCCACCAUGUCUGUUUUGGUAUCUUCACCAGUGUUUCCAGUCUGCCUUGCUACCUCAUCCUCUGACUCCAUUUUGCCUUGGCUAAUGACACAUGAUACAUUUCACCCGUGUAGAAGGCUUUGAGCGACAGAUCAGCCUUGUCUCUGACCAGUUCCUGUAACACUCACAAUGUUAAUUCAUACCUGGGAACCUUCCUGCCUACUGAUGCUAGGUAUGGCCUUGCUUGCUUUCCUUCUGGGUGGCAUAGCCCAUAUUCUAAGAGUGAAUUCAUUGCUUAUUCUUUUAGGGUAGGCAACAAGGGAGAAAGGGCAGAUUGUCAAAGGAAUUUUAAAGCUUUCAAUUACUCACAUUUCAGAAAGUAACCUUCAAGUUACUCCUCCUCAUGUUCAAUUAAAGAUAAGUCAAGUCCCAAGGCUUUAAACUGGUCACGAAUCUAAAGAUAAAUCUAAAGGUAACAAUAAUUUCAAAUAUCCUUCCUUUUUGGCCCAAGCUACCAAAAGCUCAGACACAAAUUCACAAUAACAUGGUCAACCAUCUCCUAUCCUAAAUCCUUUCCUGACUUUGGGAUUACUUGGAGUAGUUAAUAAAUGACUACAAACUUAAAGCCAGCAGUUGUAUGAUGAGAUUAAUUAGUUCUUCCUUAGUUGGCCUGAGGAGGUGAAAUCCAAGGCACAGGUCUUCCAGGCAGAACAUCGUCUUUUUGUCUAUCUUAGCGUAAGACUCAGAAGACACAAGCAAGCCUCACAGUUCAUGUUCUCAGGUGCAUCUUCCUACUUCUAUCUCAUUUAAGCCUUCUUACCCUUUCAUUUGGAAUCCUCUUCGCUCUUCUGGUAAGCAUUCUAGAGUUGCUGUUCCCAAUAUUACACUACCUUAUCCACAGGCUAAAGAGUUCUCCUAUUCAGUAGCAGUUUUCAAUGAAGUUCCCUGGAAUCUCAAAGGAGAGAAAGUUGUCCUUUUGUGUCUAACUUAUAUAUGGUUCUUUUACACACACACACACUCACAUACACACACACACACACACACACACACACGAUGAUGCACUGAAAAAGAAUCACUUUAGGAGCCAAGAUAGGAGAGAGAAAACUCCACUAAAUAGAGACCACAGAGCACAGCUCAGCUGGCUUCUCAACCGCCCUCAGGCAAGAUUCCAGGAAGGACAAGUCUGUGAACUUGUCUCAGCUGCUGGUGUCAUCUGUGACUUGGUAAUUUUUCCCACGAGGUACUGACACUGUGGUGAUUAGACAGACCACGGAAGGAGAGAUUUCAGCGCUGACCACUUGGAUCCAAUGAUAGCUCAGUUGGUGCAUGCAACAUCUUAAGAGGAUAGUAUGAUAUUUUCUUACCCUUUAAUUUCUCACUGUAUAUGACUGAGGCUAAACAGGAGACCAUCACACAACUAAAAAUUUAAUGAAAGUAACCCUCAUGUUGCUCAACUUUUAAUUUUUGAGGACUUCUUUGCUAACUGAUUUCAGUGGCAGUGGCCUUGGAUCUUAAGGGCAACAUGGCCACCUGGUUUUCUGAUCCAGCAGAUGCCCUCCUCUAGCCAGAGCACUGCAUGUAUAUGGCGCAUAUAUAAACAGACAGAAAAAAUUCAUGUACAUUAAGUAUAUUUUUAAAUAUAAUUGCUACAUCCUACAUGUAUAGAUUUAAAAUUGCCAUGCAUCUGCAAUGCUUCUAAAUUAUAAGCUCAAGAAGAGGGAUUUGCUUCCAGAUGUUGACCCUAAAUCAUUAGCUUCAUCUGCUCACAUCAUGUGGUGUGCUUUGGAGAACACAAUAAAUAGAAUUGCCUAUGCAACCAGAACACUGAUGUUAUAUGUUAAAAAUUCUAACUGUGGCUUAGGUAAAUUCACUAUUUAUUUAUUUAUUUAUUUAUUUAUUUAUCUAUUUAUUUGCCAAUUUACAUUGUUCCCAGAAGAGCAAGUGUAGCUUUUGUAAUCGAAGGUGGCUGUUGAAGACUAUGAUAUCUGGGUCCCAGGGGUCCCCACCUUCUGUGAGUACCUAGAAUGUAGACAGUGAGAUUUUGUGACUUGAGACUAGCUUCAAACCCUGGCCCUGCAAUUCCUAGCUAGACAAACUUUGUGGAAGCAAGCUAAUAUUGAUAAAAAUGAGGUUGGUAUUUUCUGAAGGUAGGAAAUGUUUGUUGUAGGGAAUACUGAAGGCAGGAAAUGCUGUGAGGAGGGAGUGAGUUCUCUCAGUGGUUAGAGCAAUGCCUUGGACACUGAAGGCUUAACGGUGGCAGCUCCUGCCUUGCGUUGCUCCUACCAAUAACAUAUUUCAUCCAGAGACUAAAGUGGGAACCUGACAUAACCCAGACAGCUGUCAGAGCACAUUACAAGCAUCCACAAAGGAUGCCCCAAACCCUCAAAUCUCAUGUCUCUCCAACUCUGAGAGAGGUCAACAUCCAGGGAGAGGUCCCGAAAUCGCCCUUUCUUUUUCUGUUCUGUGAUAAUGACAGUGGCCUCUGAGAACUCAACAUAAUGUCAAAGAAUCAUACUUGCAACUGUGCUUACCAAUUCCUUUUGCCACAGAGUGGGGCACCAGGUGUUAAAAGUACCAAGUAAAAAAUAUUGACGUUCCUAAGCAUAUAGACCAGUGACCUUGUUGUGCCAGGAAGCAUUUGUGAACCCCAAAAGACCACCAAGGAGCCGAUUCCAAUGCAAUCACACUAGGGUCUCUUUAUUCAACCUGGAGCUUGGGCCAUACCAUUGUCUCUAAUGAAGUAGAAUGGGGCAGGGGGUGGGGGUGGUGCAGCACUAAGCUUAGUUUCAGGCAAGCAUGUAUAGAGGCAGAAGGGUGUAUCUAGUCUGGCACAUAUGUGAUUGGGGGCCAUUAGGCUUUUAACAAAAUUGGCUGGUUCUGGGAGCCAAACCAUAAACUUGACUUCUGCUUUCCUCCUGAUUGGUGGUUGUUAGGAAGUGAAGUAUCAGAGGCAGGGUUGUAACCUGGAGGUGCAGAUUUGUUGGGGAACAACCUGGAAACUGGUGCUAGACGCAGGUUCUCUAAGAUGGAGUCAGAACCCAAAAGAUGUGGUCUCUCAACCUGUCCUGGGGUACCUAGUUGUUUAUAAAUACCUUGGACCAUGUUCUAUGAAACUAACCAGGGAUGAAGCCCAGAAAGAUACGACAGGACCAAGACUUUCCUGGAAGCCCUGAAGAGCUGGUGAAAAGUCACUAGGAAGGGUCAGAGCUGGUGUAAGGCUUUCCUGAAUGUGACACAGCAGAUGGAAAGGUACUUCAAGGGCAGACCUUAGGGCGCCUUUCCAGUGAAAUAGGAACGACCGGUCCCGCUAUGCUGCCAACAUGCAGUGGGCAUCAAUGCCUAUCACACACUGUGAGGCCCACAUACAGUCUCAGAACCUGGCUGGCUUUGGCUGUUAUUAAAAUGAAGUAGGCAAGCUGGAAUACUGAAACUGUGGACUCUGAUGCCUUGUUACAGAGGGCUGGACGAGUGGACCCUGACGGCCCAUUACGGUGCUCUCCUCGUGCUCCGCUUGGUUGCACAGCUGGGGAAUGAGUUGAGAGUUAGUUAAUCUUAUCUUAAAGGAUUCUUUUACCUUGAGGUUUUGUGGAAAAUUAACAGUCCCCUAGGCAGUCCUAACCUGAAGAGAAAGACUUGGUCAGAGCAUCUUUUCUAAAGCACCUUUUGGGGCUGAGGGCGCACAGCUGGAUAGGUGGUAGAUGCUCCUUAUUAAACCCUGUGUGACUCAAGAGCUGAGGUCGGGUGAGACCAGCAUAUGCAGCGUAGGUCGAUUUUUAUUAGAGUAAGGUGUUGAGAGAAUAUAGACUGUUUGAACAGUGAGUUAACUGGGCUCUAGUAUCAUGGAGUGAAACUGCCCACCUGUAAGGGAACCUUGACUAUACUAAGCAGUCUGGAGCCUGUCUUCUCAGACUCCCUCUUGCCUGCCUCUCAUUAAGUUUAAGAGCCCUUUUCUGUCUUCACUUCAAAAAAAAUUUUUUUUCUGAUAAAAAUGGGUUUGUGUGUGACACGAACUUCCGAGACCGCCCCCGUGGGCCUCCUCACCUCCUAUGACGUCAUUGUCUCUGAAAGCAAAUGGGUUUCUCCGCUGGUGCUCCCAACUGCCAACCCACCAGCCUGCCAGGCACCACGUGCUCUCAGCUACAAACCCUUUCUCUUGCAUCAUCAAUUUGGUUCUUCCUCUAUCGUCCCCCCAUCUCCCCCCGCCCCCCAACUGGUACAAAUGCCUCACAUCCUGUGUUCGGCUGCGUUCGCUCUCUUGCCCAGUUGUGCACCGAUUGCCAUAAGUCAGCACUAACGUCAAAUCCAAGUUCAGUCAUCCGGCUUUAGCCCUGAUUUUCUCUGCACUUCACUGGCAUUCCUGUGUCUGUGUUGGAACAAGAGGUAUUUCUGACAUCUCCUACCCUACUCUACGCUCAGGUCCUUCUUGAUUUUUAUAUACAAGUGUGAAUUUUCAUAUAACUCAUAGGCUGCUUACUCCCAGGUUCCUAUUUGGUCCGCUGUUGUCAGUCACCGAUAGCAAGCAUCCAUUAUCGCUUAUGUAAAAAGAAAAAUCCUGGAGUUGUUUCUAAUAGUCAUCUAUAUAUCAUACUAUCAUUUCACCAGAAAAUGUUUUCAGCUCCACUUUCACAAGCUAUCCUUUUUGUCUAUUUUUAAUCCAUUCAGUAAUAUUUAUACUUAUUGAAGAUUGAACCUAAAGCCUCCUACUAGGUAAGGCAUACCUCUUUCCCUGUUUAAUUGGAGACAAAGUCUGACUUAAGUUGCCUAGGCUAACCUUAAACUUGUAAUCCACCAGCUUGUCCCCAAAUAAAUGAAAUUUCAUGUGUGUGCCACUGGCUGCUGUUCAUUCCUAAUUAUACCUUGGCCAAACUCUUCAUUCUUCUCAGAUUCUCUACUCCUUGGUUAAAACCCCAUCAUUUCUUUCUGGAUUUUUACCAUAGCCUAUGAUGCAUGGCUUUCUUCCAUUGUCUUUCUUUUCAAGAAUUCUCCCUACACAAAACCAGGAAAAAAAAUAUAUUAAAUAUAUAUUUAACUUAUUAUAUAUUAUGUAAUAAAUAUUACAUACUCUUGUAUGUAUUAUACAAUAUAUGCUAUAAUUUAUAAUUUAAUAUACAUAGUUUAUUAAUACUUAUUUUAUAUAUUAGAUAGUAAGAUAGCAUAAUACCCUUGCUCAACCCUAGUCCUUGUUUUCCCAUAUUUAGAAUAAAUUCCCAAGAUAUUUCCUUUGUUCAGAUUCUUGCCUUCUGUUCCAGUUUCAACAGACAUUAUCUUCCUUACCUCUUCUGCUUAAUCUCGGGAGCCUUAAAUGUUCUUUGUUCAUGGUAGAAAAGAAAAGUCUUUCCUGUCUCUCCUCAGCCUUGGCGUUCCCCUCAGUGUGAACUGCUCUUCUUCAUAUGGUAAUGCGCUUCAUUUUCUCACUGUCUGACCAAGGGUCACCUUAUCUAAGAGGCUUAUCCUGAGCACGGUAUCUCUCAAGCUGUCUCUUUUCAAGCCUUCCCUUUCUGCUUGCUUUGUGCUUUCAGUGCGUGGAGUUGUUUUGCCCAUACCUCCCCACACACUGAAAUGUAGACCGCAGGAAGACAGGAAGUGUGUGCGUCCCUCACAAUGAUGUGUAGCUACGACAGUAUUUGGAGAUUUGAUGUGUUCAAUAAAUAUUUGUAGCAUGAA